UGUCGACACAUCUCCGAGUACCAUAUUCUCAACAAAAUAUCUGCUGGAACUUUUGGAGAAGUGUUUCGCGGCAAGCACACUCGUACCGAUGAGAUUGUAGCUCUGAAGAGAUUAAAUAUGGAGUACGAAGAGGAAGAAUUUCCGAUCACUGCACUUCGUGAGAUCGAUAUGCUUUUGAAGGCCGAUGAUCAUGAGAAUGUGGUUAAUGUGAGGGAGGUCUUGCUUGGCCGAACAGUUUUCGAUGUUUAUAUGGCAAUGGAAUACAUAGAAAAUGAUGUUAAGAACUGGAUUGACAUAUUGAAGCACAACGGCAAACGUUUCCGUAUUGGGCAUACUAAGAAUCUCGUCUGUCAGUUGCUCCAAGGAAUUUCUCAUUUGCAUGAUCUCUGGAUUCUUCACCGCAAUCUCAAGCCUGCAAAUCUUUUGAUCUCGAGCUCUGGAGUUUUGAAAAUUGCCGACUUUGGGUUAGCUCGCGAGUUUGUUGAAUCCAAAGACAUUGAAAAGCGAACGAAGAUGACGUUAAGAGUUGUAACGCUCUGGUACAGAUCCCCAGAGUUGCUUCUGCAUCCGAUAACAUAUUCUACUCCUAUUGACAUGUGGUCUGUCGGAUGCAUCAUGGCUGAAUUCAUCACAAUGCAUCCAUUGUUCCAAGGUUGCGAUGAGCCGAACCAAGUGGAUCUCAUCUUCCGAAUGAUGGGUACUCCCAGUGAAAAGAAUUGGCCAACAAUCAACGAGUUGCGCCUUUGGCAACCCGUUACUUAUCCAGUUUACAAGCAGGGAGAAUUUAGAAGAAAGUUCUUGGAGGCGAAAUUGUUGGAUGAAAAUGGAUUUGAUCUUCUCAACGGACUACUAACGAUGGAUCCAAGUCAACGUCUCACUGCAUCCGAGGCUUUGAAACAUCCAUGGUUCAAGUGA